AUGUCCACGGUCAUUACCACAACCCACGCCAGCGAGGCCCGUCUCCACCUCCUUGCGGACGUAGCCGCUUCACAACUUCCCGUAAUCGAGGAAUAUCAUAUGGACUCAGAUUCUGACCAGGCCGGUCCUUGUUCAUCGUCGUCCUCAUCUCGUUCGACAAAUUGCAGCUUUCGGCUCGAGUCCCCUUCGCGCCGCAUCGUUGGCAGCCUUCAUAUCUCAUGCGAUCCGUAUGCUGCCUCACCGUCACCGCCCAAGCCGUUCAAACGGUCAGUGGCGUCCAACAGUCUUUCAUCCACACGAUCCAAGACCAGGACACGCGGCCACGCAAAGGCCAAAGAUCUCGCCGCCCUCAGCCUCGAGAAGAAGAUCAAGCAACAGGAGGUGAAGGAACGUGCAUCCAAGAUCAGGACGGUAGAGAACUCGCCUGUGAACCAGCAACAGUUACUCGUUCUGCGAAUGGUCUAUGACCAGAUCACGAUGUAUCCAUCAGAGACAUGGAUGGCAAUCAUUGCGGUCACAAUUCGCAGAGCGCUCAAGCAAGUAAAGAACUGGUUCUCAAACGAGAGGCAAAAGCAUAACGGAAAGAAAGAUGAAGACAUUGUACGCAUGGUUUCAGGCGAAGGUGAACGCCUUCGGCUCCGCUCAGUCGCAGUCGACUGUUGCAAGGCUGAGGAGUGGACUGAUGCCUUCUUCGAAGAAGUUGUCAUGAUCCACCACCUCAAGGUCUCGACGCUUCUACGACUUGAUGAAUCUCGUCAGCUCAGGGGAGAACCAGUGAUGGACUCCCCCUCACCACGUUCCUAA